AUGCGUUCCACAACGCAUGCUCAACGCGCAACAGUUUGCAUAUCACCUCGUUAUCACGUGGCUCUAUGUUUUUGUAUACAUUACAUCGAUGGUUUUGAAACGAAGUAUUGAGAAUAAUGAAACGAGGCCCUUAUAAAGAACAUUUGAAAAGGACUGGCGACCUUCCUCUAUCGACAGACUAUUCUCGAAAGAAAAGACGAGUUGGUGUUGGUGAAUGUAGUACGGGCAAGAGAACGACAUACAAUGAAGAGGUUAUGUCCCCUGAUGCACGUAAUGGACUACCGUUUGAUGAUCUGCAUGAAAAUGAAGAUUAUGUAAAUCAACAGGAACUACUAGACCAUUUAUGUAUUGCAAAUCUUGAUAAUAUUGAUGAUAGUAAUUCAUCGGUUCAAGAAAUUGAUGACAGUGACCAGCAAAGUGAUACAAGCAUAAGCGAUGAUAAUAAUGAUUAUGACAGUAUUGAAGAGCACAAAUCAUCAAGUGUUAGCGAUUUCAAUGAAGGCUCCGAGAAUUUCGAAUCAGAUCAGGAUGAAGAAAAUUUUGAAGAUGAAAAUAUUAAUGUUGAAAAGCGUUGUCCCAAUCAUGACGUACAGUGCCGACAAGUUUUAUAUGAGGGCUGCGAUUUAACAAAAGAAGAAGUGUACUUCUAA